AAAUCACACUUAUCGUUUUCUCUUCUUCAAUAGCAUUCUGUAAAAUUCUCAAUAACAUUCGCAAAUGUAAUGUGUACCUUAUCGACUCAAAAAUGUUAAAUGUUUGUUGGCAAUUUGGCUCUUGCAUUUUCAAACUUUAUAGAAAACAAAAGAACAAAAAAAAGAUUGUCACUUUCUUGUAAACAGCGGAGUUGGACGAAGCAAAGGCGCUUGCUUUUUGCUUCACUUCUCCUCUCAUGCACCUAAUAAGGCAUCUCCCUACUUGACUAUUUUUCUUCUGCAAAAUUCUAUUCUGUUUUUUCUCCUUCUCGGGGCGAUUCCACAAGUUGCGAUCUUUUCGAAAGCAAUUUAGAUUCUCGAUUAAAAGAACCCUCUCUUUACGGCUCCGGCUACAUCGAUUUCGAAGGAGUAAUGUCAACAAUUGCAAGCUCUUCGCACAGUGAUCCUGAUUCAAGAAGUUUUCAAGGGCUUCUCGAAGCUUUUGGUUCUCGUUUUUCUCUUGAUGUCAUUAUGGCUACGUACAACCAAGCAAGCCAGAAUGUCGAUGUGGCUGGUGAGAUUCUCUCUGCAAUGACUGAAAAGACGCCUCAAAGUGACCAAGUCGAAAUGAAGAUAGCAACCUCAAAACCAACUCAGGUCUAUGUUCCUAAGGAAGUUCGACCACAAGAGGAUAACAAAGCCAAAGUACGGAGGCCGAAGAAAAAUUCUAUAUCAGUUGGUGGUACUGUUUCAAGUGUUAUCAAUAAGGAGUAUGCUAGAACCCGGCCAAUAUCAAAUGCUCCCAGAGAAGCAACUAAGCCAAUGAAGAUAGACUCAAGGGAUAUUCCAGAAACGGAGAUAUGGAGUGAAGAAAUGCCAAAAAGUAACGAGCCAAAGAUAAACAGGCCUCCAACUGAGGUUGAGGAAUUCAUUAUCAAGAUGCUUGGAGAAGGCUUUCAAGCUAGCCAAGAUGUCAUUCACCAGGUUCUUGGCGUAUGCGGAUAUGAUGUGAUGAAGAGUACGGAGAAACUGAUUGGCUUGUCUGAUGCCAAGAAGUAUGCUGAUGGUGGAAUUUCCAGUGAGAUGCCAAAAGUUUAUCCUCAAAGACAGAGAUCUACAUCUCGCAACCAAGUGGAACUCCAAGAAUUUUCUCAGAGUGACGGUGCAAGAACCUUUACUGGUUCACAGGAAGGAGGCAGUGACAAUACUGGUCUUGAAAAGGAAAUUUUAGAAGCUUUGUUCUCAGGUGCGGAAAGAUACGAAGAAGAACCAAAACUAACUCGAAGAUUCAGAGAAAGGAGAGCAAGAGUUACUGGUCGUCCUGUUUUUAAACCUCUGGAAGACCCUUUUCAAGAGAGAGUAGUUGUUGUGAAACAAUCGCCACAUAAGUCUAAAGAAGAUGAAGAUGAUGAAAAUGAAUUUAGGGCACAUCGUAAAGCAGUACAUGAGUACUGGAAUCAGAUGAAAGAAUAUUACGGAGCUGCUGCAGAAGCAUUCUCUAUAGGAGAACUCGAGCGAGCACGUAGACUCGUGGAGAAGGGACACUUUUUUGGACAAAAAGCUCGAGAAGAGGAUGACAAAUCUAUAGCAAAAAUUAUCGAAGUCAAGGAAGACGAUGAUUCGACUUACAAGGAAGACGAGGUAGUGACAGUGAAUGUGAACGAACACGAAGCUAAGGAAGCUCUUCGUCUUCUCAAGCAGCAACUUAUUUGCUUCUCUGGCAUUUCAUCUUUCAAGUACCUCAGAGUCACAUUGGGCAACAAGAAGGAAGAUUUGAAGAGCAAACGAAGGCAUAUCGUGAAGCUGCUGGAGGGAGAUUCCAUUGCUUGGACUGAAGAAGAUAAUGGCCUCGUGAUGAUGAUUCGUGUUGCCGAGAUUGACCCCAAGAAAUUGAGUUUUGCCAAGAAAUAAGAAUCAUUGGCUCAUAUUUUUUGCCUCAUUUUAUAAAUUUGUAAUUGUAAUCAAAGAAAGAGGCAUUUUGCAAAAUUAUGAUUUUUGGUUU